GACUCCCGCUUAUGUCAGUCAUGUGAUUAAAAUUGAGGUUAAAUCCAAAAUCUCAAAUAUUCCAUGACAAAUUAAUGAAACAAAACAUUUUCUUUACAAACCACAACCAAAAGGCAUAAUGAAACCAGCGAAAAAUGUUUGUGUGGUAGUUUUAGGUGAUAUCGGAAGGAGUCCACGUAUGCAGUACCAUGCGCUAUCGUUGGCCGAACAUGGUUGCAAAGUUGAUAUUGUCGGUUACGGUGACAGCGAACCAUCGAAAACUGUGAAACUAACCCCUCUUAUACGAUACCAUUACCUUAUACCAUACCCUGCACUCCCGCUUCCUCGUCUGUUAAACUAUAUCUUCAAAACCCUCUGGCAAUCGCUCACAUUACUGUUUGUAUUAUUGAUGAACAACACUCCAGACUCGAUCAUUGUACAAAACCCGCCUGCUGUACCGUCCCUACUUGUGUGCUGGCUGUACGCGUGCCUCACCAAAGCUCGCCUAGUAAUUGACUGGCAUAACUACGCACACACAAUAAUGGCAUUAAGUGUCGGCCCACAAAACUUACUAGUAAAAUUGACUAAACAAAUCGAACGCUUAAUUGGCAAACGUGCCGGUACAAAUUUCUGUGUAACAAACGCCAUGAGAAAGGAUCUCGACGAAAAUUGGUCGAUUAAAGCGGUAACGCUCUACGAUCGACCACCUGAAAAAUUUCGCACACUUUCGCUUGAAGAAAAACACGACAUUUGGUGUAAACUAGGUGCGACGUACAAAGAGUUGUUAGGUGAGGAUGGCAACACAGUUUUUACAACGAGUGACGAAAGCGGUAACAUUAAGUGGAGAAGUAAGCGACCGGGAUUGCUACUGUCGAGCACUAGUUGGACUGAGGACGAAGACUUUUCAAUACUCUUCCAAGCGUUACAAGAGUACGAGGAUACGGUUGACACAGAGCCUGGUUUGUCACCACUCAUUUGCAUUAUAACAGGAAAAGGUCCUCUAAAGGAGUAUUACUGUAAAAAAAUUGAAUUGUGCAAGUGGAAGCAUGUGCAAGUAAUUACACCGUGGCUGGACAGCGAGGACUACCCCAAGGUGUUGGGCUCGGCAGAUUUAGGCGUCUCCCUACACACAAGCUCCAGCGGCUUAGAUUUACCAAUGAAAGUUGUCGACAUGUUCGGCUGUGGACUUCCCGUAUGCGCUUACGAUUUCAACUGCUUAAACGAGCUGGUCAGACACGGAGAAAAUGGAUUUACAUUCAAGAACUCGACUGAACUGAGCAGGCAGCUUAUUGACUGGUUUAGAGACGAUACAAAACGUAAAACCUUCACAAAAGAGUUGGAAAAAUUUCAGGCAGUUCGAUGGAAGCAGAACUGGGACAAUGUAGCUUUACCUUAUUUUAAUUAUCAAUAAGUAUCUUGAUAUACAGUAAAAAAUUCUUAAACUA